UGACUGUCAAAAUGCUAGACAGAAGAAAAACACCCGCAGUUAUGCAAACCAGCCCGCGGUAGUGAAUAUUUCGUUUGAUUUUUCCUGUUUUUGUGCAUCGACUGGACAAACAGUGAAGAAUGCUUCGACGUGCGGUGUACCGGUUCUGUGUUCCAGGCGGAUUUGUGUCGGCUGGACUGCUACCGUUCACGCUCAACGACCAUGAUCAGGUCAAAAUCGACACCAAAACCGUACAGAGCAUGUACGAGGAGGCGCCCGGUGACAAACAAACCGGCGUGGAGCGGCUACAGAUGAUGUUUACGAUUGAUGAAUUUGGCCGAGUAUCGAGCGAGCUCAACUCCAUCUAUCAGGCCGGCUUUCUUGGCUUCCUGUUCGGCGCUUGCUACGGUGGGUUCGUGAACUCUCGCGUCGCCUACAUGAACUUCCUCGAGCGCAACCAGGCAACGGCGUUCCAGUCUAGCUUCGAGGCAAAAAAGAAACUACAGGACCAGGUUACGCUCAACUUUGCCAAGGGAGCAUUCCGUUGGGGUUGGCGUUUGGCACUGUUCACCACCAGCUAUGUUGGCAUUCAAACGGUCGUGUCGGUGUACCGAGGGAAAUCCUCCCUGUACGAGUAUCUGGCGGCCGGUGGCGUUACGGGCGCGAUGUACAAAUUCAGCAUGGGACUGCGCGGGAUGGCCUCCGGUGGGCUCGUUGGCCUGGCACUCGGCGGCCUGGCCGGUGGACUGUCGCUCGGGAUAAUGCGUGCCACCGGUACCACGAUGGAGGAGGUUCGAUUUUGGCAGUACAAAUGGCACACGAACCGCGAGCAGGCGAUACGCGACUCGAUGAAAAAGCAAACCGACGCGGAGGAGGAACCGUUGCUAACGCACCAUCACAACAAGUUCGGCACCGCCAACCUUGAUCUCGACGCGAUCGAGGCGGAAAAGCGCAAGAUUCAGCUGGCGGUGGAGCGGGAAACGUUGAUGAAAAAGUUGGAACAGGAAGAACAGGCGGAAGCGGCAGCGGCUGAGGCAGCGGCAGCAGCAUCAGCGACAGCGGCUAAAAAAUAAAGCUUAAGUUCAAUGGGAGAGAUACGUUGCAGCGUUUUUUUUUUUCUUUCACUCCAAGCUAUUAACAUCUAUACACGACACAAGGUUGUCGUAGAUGGAUGAAAGAUACAGUACAGAAGAAGAAGUUUUUAUUUCAAACGGAUGUAUAGAAACGGAGAUAAAUACACACACACAGAAAAUCAGCGUAUCCUUUUGCCCUUUGGGGGUAGGGGAUGUAACCGGAUACACAUUAGGAGAGGGAUGGGGAGUCGGGAGGAACAGAACAGAAGAAAGAUGGCGCAGCGGAUACACGUUGCUCCUCGCUCCUUUAACUUAUUGUCUUCAUGUCGGGCAAGGAUUUGGAUUUCAUUAGCUUCUUUUUGGCUUGCUGUUGCUCGUGCUUGAGGCGUAGCUGAAGCAGUACUGCCGCACCGCAGCCAUCUGUGGGGAAGAGGGGAUCGGGGACAAGGGCGGAGUGGAAAAUAGAAAAAAAGGAAAGAGGAAAAAGGGAGGAGGAAUCAGGAUUAAAAAUUUAUCGUUUUUUCAUUAAAAGAAGGAUCCACUAAAACGGAAGAAAAGGAAGAAAAGUGUGUGACGCGCGUUAGAUGAACGCGCCUAUCCGCAACACGCUCCAUGCGCACCACGUGCGAUGACGGCGUGUUAGGGAUGGGCGCGCAACAGAGUAACGAUCAGUUGCUACACGAGCGAGACAGCUAACUCAACGGUUACUUUUCGACUUUUAUUAACGUACAACAUAAUAAAAUUAUUUAAAAAAAAUCUAUCUACAUAAAGGUAUGUGGAUGUGUGUGUAUAUGUAUGCAUACAUGCCUGUGUGUGUGUGUGUGUGUGUUUUUAUGUGUUGUUCUAUUGCGAUUGCGAAACAUGUAAAACGCGACCAGAGAUGAACGUACGUACGACGACGCACAGUUAAGGAUAACACACACACACACAAACACAUACACAAGUACACAUUACAUACACAGAGACGCCUAAACAAACAUAAAUGAAAUGAAAAUUUAACAUAAAAAUCGCUCCGUUUUAAAGUUAAAGGAGGUGUGGUGUGUAAAUUGUCGGUACUGAUUAUUGUUUUACGUUCUUCCGCUAACAACACAACAAUGAUGCAGCGAUGAAGGAUGAACGAUGAAAGGUGGGCAAAAAUAAUAGUGAGAAUGUCGGUGGAGGGGUCGGUGGUGGUUUGUGGGAAAGGGAGGAACUGGGGUAGAUGACGCAUCCGAGAGCAUUAAUGUACGAAGGGGAGGGACGCAUCGACAUCCUAAAUCCUCCUAGCCUAGCCACGCGCAUAUAGCACCUCUUUCUGUUAGAUUCUAUUGCUUUUCCUCCUUGAGCAUGCGGUGGAGGUGGCACCCCACCCAAACACGUGAAUGUGUGUGUGUUUGUAGCUCUCUCUCUCUCUCUGUGUUCUCUACAACUGAAUUCGUAGUAACAUAAACGAGUGAUUUUGGGUGGUUUUUCGGGGUGGGGGGUGUGGUGGGGGCGUGAUGUCGCGUAAAUGUUUGUUUGCCACUCUGCCAAAAAAAAAAAAAAGGUUAAUUAAUGUUGUAUGUUUCGCGCUUUUAGGGCUUGUACUUGCCGACCCUGCCCUGUUGAUCAAUUGUCUUGCUUUGCGUCUUGCUUUUGUGAGGUGUACGUACGCACGUGCGCGCGCGUUUGUGUACUUUUACACCAUUCAAUCAAUAUUUUAAUGUUUUCCACUUUUCACAUUCACACCUUCUUGUCGUUGACUUUGUUUGAAUGUUUCUCCCGCUCACUCUCUCUUUCACGCUCUCUCUUUCUCUCUAUCACGCAUUUCGUACCUUUUUUUUUAAAAAAAGUUUAUCAGGUAAGUUGACAAAAAUACACUAAACAAUAACAAGGAAAUGAACAAAAGAAAGCUCAAGGGAAACGUAAAGGCAGGAACAACUAAACACAACAGAAAGAUAUAGGAAAAUGAAAGGAAGCAAAAAAAAAACAAAAUUAAAACAAACAAAACGUAUAUAGCAACAAAAAUUAUGUACGAAUAAAUUUCACCUUAUCACAAGUGUGCUUUUCUUGUAUAUCACAGAAGAAGGAAACUAGGUUGCAGUAAACGCACGAGCGCGCGCGCGGACCCACACCCCCUCGCAUUAGCAAUUAGACGCGCUUAGAAGACCGGAUUAGCAGUAAGAUCAAUUGAUCAACAGAGCCAGCACGUGCAUACAGUACGCCUGGUGCGUGAAAG